CUUUGCUCCAUUUCACUCUUCACCCUCGACUUGAUACCCUCUGACUUACUGUGCUUCAUACAACCAAACACCACAAUGUCUCUCCCCAAGACCUACAAGGCCAUGGUCACGCUCGAGGCCAGCAAGCCCUUCACCCUGCAAGAGCUCCCCCUAAAGCUUCCCGAGCCCGGCCAAGUCCUCGUCAAAGUCCUCGCCUGCGGCGUCUGCCUGUCCGACGUCGCCAUCAUCAGCGGCCACAUGGGCACAACCUACCCGCGCGUCACCGGCCACGAGAUUGUCGGCGAUGUCGUCGCCGUCGGUGAAGACGUCACUCGCGUCUCUGUCGGCGAGCGUGUCGGCGGUCCCUGGCACGGCGGCCACGAUGGAACCUGCCGUGCCUGCCAGCACGCGCAGUUCCAGUUCUGCAGCAACCAGAAAGUCAACGGCGUCAGCUUUGACGGCGGAUAUGCCGAGUAUGUGCUUCUGCGAGCCGAGGCCGCGGUGCGCGUGCCCAAGGAAGUCGACCCUGCAGAAAUUGCUCCCUUCUUGUGUGCCGGCGUGACCGUCUUCAACGGGAUGCGCAAGCUGCGUGUUGAGCAAGGAGGCCUGGUGGCGGUGAAUGGACUGGGAGGACUGGGCCACUUGGCGGUGCAAUACGCCAGCAAGAUGGGAUACGAGGUUGUCGCCAUCUCGUCCGGAGACGACAAGGAGGCGCUGGCCAAGGAGCUCGGGGCCAACCACUACAUCAACGCCAAGAAGGCCGAUGCUGUCGCCGAGCUUGUUAAGCUGGGCGGCGCCGACAUGAUUGUCCAGACGGCUCCCAACCCCGACACCAUCAGCAAGCUCGUCAAGGCUCUGGGCCCCGGCGGCAAGCUGCUCAACCUCUGUCCCAUUGGAGAGGUUCCCAUUGACACGAUUGCUCUGGUUGCCAAGGGCGCCAGUGUUCACGGCUGGCCGAGCGGACACGCAUCGGACAGCGAGGAUGCGAUUCGAUUUGCACUUACACACGGUGUUCGCUGCAUGAUUCAGAGAUAUCCGCUGGAGGAGGCGCAGCAGGCGGUGGACGACUUGCUUGCCGGCAAGCCUCGGUUCAGGAACGUGUUGGUGAUGAACCAGUGAGCUGGGUGGAUGAGUUGGAGCUUUAUUCUUUGUUGUAUGGCUUGUUAUAUGCGAGGGACGGAUGAGCUACUAGUAGAGGUUAUCAGAUGGACUAGGUACUAGAUAGACUAGAGGCGUCAUCGAAGUCUAAAAUGAGGACAAUGCGCAUUGUGGCGGCGACAAUCUACAGGGUCCUGUACAUCAUGAAACAUGUUCACAACAAGUUCAAUUUGUGUCUCUUGUAACACCAACCGAACUAUUAUGCCGCAUCAAAUUCACUACAAUCAUC